UUUUUUUUUUUUUUUCCAGGAAGGAAAAAAAAAAAAGGGUCACAAUUGAACCUCUGCUGCCUGCAAUAGACCAUCAGCCCCCAAAUCCCCUCCCCUGCUACCCCUGCACAGGUCCAAAGAUAUGGGCUUUCAGCUGUCUCUGCGGAGUAAUAUAGAGCUGAGUACGUCACGCAGCCAUAACCUUGUCGGCAGCACGGCGGCUGGCGCACUUCAUGAGGGAUUUGCCUCCAGAGAGAGCUGUGCACAAAGCCUGGAGCACGAGGAGAUCCUUCCCUGGCGAGUGAUGGAUUCGGCGCUGGUGAAAGUUCAUACACACAUAAUGACACGUAAUGACGGGAUCCUCAAGACAAAGAGGUUUGUCAAAGGCAAUAAAAGAGUCUAUUUUCCGCAUCCUGUGCUGGAAAUUGUCACUCGCACUGUGAGCGGAACGGAGUUUCGGUUGUACAGGUGGGGCUGUCCGUCAGGAUGCAGAAGUCCCAGGCUCCUCCCUCCUGCAGGUCCACCUGUGAUGUGCUGCUUGCCUUUUGUCGUUUCUCCGAAGGCUCAGAACUGCGCUCACCGCCCGCAGUUCGCACUUUGCCUGGAGAUAAGGCCAUGGCCCCAACGCACCUCCAUGUGCCCCCCCCGAGAGCUUCCGCCGUGGCUGGCGGUGGCGACGCUCACGGUGACGCCCCUCCGUCCUCAGCCUCACCCCCUGCCCGCCUCUCGUCAUUGCGGGCCGUUGCCGUCGGAUCCAGCCCGGGGACGCGGGCACCGCUCAGCUCGGAAUGCUCGGGAGCAGCCCCGCUGUCGGGAGCCCCGCCUGGAUCCGCGGCAGUGCCGGACGGCCAGCCCAGCCCUGCCGCUUCUGACCGAGUUCCAGCAGCGUGGGUCGCUGCGCUUGGCUCUCAACAGAGGAAGAGAGCGCAACAUAAAGCAGAGCGUCCCCGCGUGGGAUUCGCGGUGAGGGCUGGGCUGGCUGCUCCAAACAAAGCCGACAUCGGGCCCCGUUUGUACGCGAGGCCGGGAUGGGAAGUCCUGCACCGACCGCGCAGCGAGACCUGCGGCGGUGCCGGCCCUGCCCGCUCGCCCCAGCAGCCCCUGCCAGCGCCCGCAGGAAGGUUUUCCUUCUGAAGGCAGAGGAUCGUGCCGCGCUGCUCGCAAUGUGCUAACUUUGCAGCGAGCUGUUGCUCAAUACGUGCUCAGGCAGGGCCACCGCUGCCCAUUAACGAAAACAAAACGGAAGGGAGGAAGGCUUACAACACAACAAUUGCUUUCAAUUAGAGGAAAUAUUUAUUGCCAAAAUAUGUCAGCGGGAUUUGACAGACGGCAUGUCUAACUCUGUGCUACUGAAGGGCCAGCUGCACUAAAAUGAAGCUUAAACUUAAUAGUGGUUUAAAUCCAUCCCCUCUUUCCCACAGUUUAGCAAUCAGGCCGUAAAUUCAUUAUUGCAGUCUGCACUCCCCUUUGUUAAUUCAAAGAAAUCUGACUUAUCUCAGUAGCCUCGGUGCUGUUCUCCCCCACGUUUGCAGGCCUUGCUCAGGAUUCAGCGUUGAUGCUCAUUGUGUGCUUUUAAAUGAAAGGACUGGAAAAGUGUUUAACCGAACGGAUGUCAUUUGC